GAGGGGAUGGGGCAGGCUGGUAACCGGGCUGAAACGGGGAUAACCUGCAGCCUCCGUCGCUGAGAUGCUCUGAUGGAGUGAAGCGGGAAACGAUGCGCCUUUAUUUCCUUUCUCUGUCGAUCAUGGAAGGGGUUCAUCUCACAUCUCAGUGAAGGCUGGGCCUGGGGUCAGAGGUCGCCCACUCAACCUGCACUUCUCCCACUUCCCCCUGCAACCCACCCUACCCCCUCACUAGAUGCUCAGCCCCAGGCACCCUACAUUGUCACUGUAACUUUUUCCUUAUAUGCUUUUCCACACUUAUCUCUCAGUAGCACGCUUACAAAACCACCCUACUCGUCUCCCCCCAGCACUCUUUUCUUGCCUGCCAGCCUUAGUUAGUCAGUUUGAGAGAAAAGACCCCUGAGCGUUUCAUGACGAGAGCUGAUCAGGUUUUCACCAGGCACUGCAUUCAAGUGUCCUAGACAUCAUCUCAGAUAAUACCUCUCACACCCAAGCCUCAAGAUGAUGUGCGAGGUGAUGCCCACCAUCUCAGAGGAUGGGCGCGGAGGGGGAGGAGGUGGCUCGUCUUCCCCGGCAGGGGGAGGAGGAGGAGGGCUGGGAGCAGGGAUGGGAGGCAUGGGGGGCUAUGGCAGCCGGGAUCACCGUGGUGGUGGCGAUGAGGGGGGAAGCACGGGUAACCUGGAGUCCCUGAUGGUGAACAUGCUGACAGAGAGGGAGAGGCUGCUGGAGAGCCUGAGGGAGACUCAGGAGAGUCUGGGGACAGCUCACCUCCGACUGCGAGACCUGGGCCACGAGAAGGAGUCGCGAAGGAUCCGCCAGAGACGGCUUUCCAUUGCCCUGCCACAGGAGUUUGCAGUACUGACCAAAGAGCUGAACCUCUGCCGGGAACAACUGCUUGAGAGAGAAGAGGAGAUAGCCGAGCUGAAGGCAGAGAGGAACAACACACGACUGCUGCUUGAACAUCUGGAGUGCCUGGUGUCCCGUCAUGAGCGCAGCCUGAGGAUGACAGUGGUAAAGAGGCAGGCCCAGUCCCCGGCUGGGGUCUCCAGCGAGGUGGAGGUCCUAAAAGCUCUGAAGUCCCUGUUUGAGCAUCACAAAGCGCUGGAUGAGAAGGUGCGGGAAAGACUACGGGUGGCUUUGGAGCGAGUGGGGGCCCUGGAGGAAGAGCUGCAGUCCUCCUCUCAAGAGGUUAUAUCUUUAAGGGACCAAAUCAAACGACGACAACAAGGACUAGACAACGGCAAAGAGCGGCUUCCCAAUGGACCUUCCUCCAUUCUGGAUGAUGGAGAAAUCGACAGGCAGAGAGAGGGCGAAAUAGAGCGACAGAGGUCAGAGCUGGGACAGCUGAAAGAGAGACUGGCCCUCAUGUGCAGACAGGUUGGGGAGAUCGAGGAGCAGCUGACAUCUACCAGGAGGGAACUGGCCCGAUCGGAGGAGACCAACCAGAAACUACAGAGGGAUGUGAAAGAGGCACUCUGUCAAAGGGAAGACAUGGAAGAGAGAAUCACCACAUUAGAACGCAGGUACCUGAGCGCCCAGAGGGAGGCGACGUCUCUCCAUGACAUAAAAGAUAAACUAGAGAAUGAGUUGGCCAGCAAAGAGUCUCUCUACAGACAGAGUGAGGAGAAGAACCGACAGCUUCAGGAGCGUUUGGAUGAUGCCAAACAGAAGCUGCAGCAAACUCUGCAGAGGGCCGAGACGCUGCCUGAGAUAGAGGCCCAGUAGAUGACCACUAUCUGUGCAAUCAAUCAGGCAGAGGAGCGUCAUGGUAACUUUGAGGAGCGACUGCGACAGAUGGAAGCACAACUGGAGGAGAAGAACCAGGAGCUUCAAAGAGCGAGGCAGAGGGAGAGGAUGAAUGACGAACACAACAAACGUCUCUCCGACACAGUGGACAAGCUGCUGUCUGAGUCCAAUGAGAGGCUGCAGCUUCAUCUGAAGGAGAGGAUGGCCGCCCUGGAAGAAAAGAACGCCCUAUCAGAGGAACUGUCUAACAUGAAGAAACUCCAAGAUGAUCUCUUGGCAAACAAGGACCAGCUAAUAGCGGAACUAGAAAGGCUUCAGCUGGAGCUGGAUCAGUUGAGAGCCAGACCCGGGGGCUCUUAUUCCAGCCGCUCUCUGCCAGGUAGCGCUCUGGAGUUGAGGUAUUCCCAUGGGGGCGGGUCCCUCCCAUCAGGCUCCACCACUCAUCUGGAUCCCUUUGGUAACACCUCUGCAGGGGGCGUGGUCAGGCGAAGUCACCGAGCCCGUUGGAGCUCGGCCCGGGAGGACUCUACAAAGUACCCAGACUGGGAGAGCGGGGCUCUGCUGGGAACUGGGUUUGAGCCAGGCAUGGAUGUGGGCUGCUCCGAUGAUGAGGACGACGGGGACCAUCGGUUUGGUUCUGAGCUGCUGUCCCCCAGUGGACAGACAGACGUUCAGACCCUGGCCAUCAUGCUGCAGGAACAGCUGGAGGCCAUCAAUAAAGAGAUCAAACUGAUCCAGGAGGAGAAGGAGAACACGGAGUUGCGGGCUGAGGAGAUUGAGAGCCGGGUCAGUGUGGCUUUGGACAGUCCGCCUAUCCCUCCAUCCACCCUAGGGAGAGACAGCACAGGAAGGGGCUUCAUCCCCUCAUCCAUCACAUCCUCUACCCUAGCCUCCCCCUCUCCCCCCAGCUCUGGGCACUCCACCCCUCGCCUGCCGCACUCCCCUGCCCGUGAGACUGACAGACAGAACAACAAAGAUGAUGAUCGGUCACUUGCUCUUCUUGACUCUACACCUCCUCCCACUCCCCGCGCCCUGCGAUUGGACAGGAUGGCCCUCACUCAUCCAGGUGCGAUGCUUGAUGAUCCCCGGGAGUUUCGCAGUCUCUCAGCAGAUGGCAGCAGCUCCAACAGCAGCCAAGAUUCCCUCCACAAGUCCAGUAAGAAGAAAAGCAUCAAGUCUUCCAUCGGUCGGCUUUUUGGAAAGAAGGAGAAAGGGAGGAUGGGCCAACCCGGGCGGGAAGGAUCUGCUUCUCUUGCAUCCACGCCCUCUGAAGACCUAGCCUCUGGAGACCCUAUGGGGAUGAACAAGACUGGGACUCUGGGCCCAGCAGAUAAAGACCGCCGUAGCAAGAAGAAGCAUGAGCUACUGGAGGAAGCAUGUCGCCAAGGACUUCCCUUUGCAUCUUGGGAUGGACCCACUGUUGUUUCUUGGCUGGAGCUGUGGGUGGGAAUGCCAGCGUGGUACGUUGCUGCCUGCCGUGCAAAUGUGAAGAGCGGCGCCAUCAUGGCCAACCUGUCCGACACAGAGAUCCAGAGGGAAAUCGGCAUCAGUAACCCGCUGCACCGCCUCAAACUGCGGCUUGCCAUCCAGGAGAUGGUGUCCCUCACCAGCCCGUCUGCCCCAGCCAGCACUCGCUCUUCGACCAGUAACGUGUGGAUGACCCACGCAGAGAUGGAGUCUUUGAACGCAGCCACCAAGCCUCCGUUGAAGGAGUUCAGCUGGGAUCAGAUACUCUCCGGCAAUAGAAAGCACGGGGGGGUGGGCAACGACUGGCUGCCCAGCCUGGGCCUGCCACAGUAUCGCAGCUACUUCAUGGAGUCCCUGGUGGAUGCCCGCAUGUUGGACCAUCUGACCAAGAAGGAGCUUAGAGGACAGCUCAAAAUGGUGGACAGCUUCCACAGGGUCAGUUUGCAUUAUGGCAUCAUGUGCCUGAAGCGUCUGAACUAUGAUCGCAAGGAGCUGGAAAGAAGGAGAGAGGAGAGCGCCCACCAGAAUAAAGAUGUGAUGGUGUGGUCCAACGAACGGGUGAUGUGCUGGGUGCAGACUAUUGGCCUGAAGGAGUACGCAGACAACCUUCGUGAAAGCGGCGUCCACGGGGCUCUGCUGGCUUUAGACGACACCUUUGACUACACUGAUCUGGCCCUGCUGCUGCAGAUCCCCAAUCAGAACACACAGGCCCGACAGCUCCUGGAGCAAGAGUACAACUCCCUCAUCUCCAUGGGAACGGAGAGACGACCCGAUGAGGACGGAACUAAGACGUUCACUCGCUCGCCAUCCUGGAGGAAGAUGUUUAGGGAGAAAGACCUACGGGGCGUGACCUCUGACUCCGCCGAGACCUUGCCGGCUAACUUUCGUGCCUCAGCCAUCUCAACACCCUCAGUCACCCUGAGAAAGGUUCAAAGUGAUGCCAGCUCUGGUGCCCGGGGUGAAUCUGCCUCAGUGAGGACAUACUCCUGUUGAGGGGCUGAGGGCAUUGACUGGAUUGGGACUUAAAGGACCCUCUCGCUCAUCCACGGAGAAAGAAGCAAUGAAUAUAACCAUUUAACUUAAAAAUAAAUCAAUCGGUCUGACCAUUCUGCAAUAACAGAAGCAAAAGAGCAAAGGGGAAAAUGACAAAGAAUGUAUGAACGUAUUUUCCGAGCAGAUUAGGAAUGUCAGAUGGGAUUAGCUGUUUUCUCACUCUGUCUCUCUCUCUCUCCCUGUCAUUCUGUCUUUGCUCUUUCUCAGCGUGACGACGACAGUGUUGUUUACAUUUGCGCAGGUUGUGCAGGUUUCCCCUCUCUUCAUUCCUGUCAGUAUCUGCACACAGUCAGCAGAGUUGGCAAUAUCAGGGCUUAUUUUCCUACCUGCAGAAGAAACCACUUGCUGCCAUUUAUUCUUUUACAGAAUGACAACAACUAAAUGUCACCUUACAAUUGCUGGUCAACAACCAGAGUCAGCAUUACAGUAAAUUCUGGAUUUUAAAAACAAGAGGACUGGGAGUAUAUUUAAAUUGUGAAAUGAUUGGGGAAAACAGCUAGACGGACAUAAACAUGUUGCAGCUCGAAACGAUACUGAUGUUCACCUUUCUACUCACAAGUCGGUCGGUGCCCAGUGUCAGCCAUUGUGGCUCUGUUAUUUGAUCCUUCUAUCGGGGGAUGUAUAAGUGUCUCCAACUGGUCAGAGCAGUGUAGUAAAACACAUCCAAAUUCAGGCCACCAUUUACUGUAGCUCUGACCACAUCAGAGGGACCCUCCUCGUGCUUUGUCUGUUGGCACCUUGAAAGUUGAUAUGCUGAGUAAUCUCUUUUGAUGGGAAUCCAUUAUAGAGAUCAAAGGCACAGAGGUGGAUGAGACAGGGUGGAGCGAGGCCACAAAGGCAUUGUGUUAAAUGAUGACAGGAAAUCUAUAAUGAUAGUGCUGGUGCCACUUUCUAAAUGACGUUCUUUACAAGGGGUUUAUCCAUUCUUUACAACUUUUGGCUUUAAUGACGUUAAAGGGGAACCUGGGUUUCGUUGCCUUCGGCUUGAGACAUACGUUUUGUAACAGAUAUCUUUUUUCAAAUGGGGUUUAAAAGAAGUGGGCAUUUAGAAGAUAGUGGGAUUAAUGAAAUGUUUUUGUGUGGUAUUGAAAGUGUGGGAUCCGGUAUUUUUGGCACAUGACCUGUACUAAAGACUAAAAGUCAGGAAAUCUUCGCCUCAGCUACUUUAUAAAAUCUGACUCGUGUCUCAAAUGCAAUAUGAAAUCGCUGGUGUACUCAUUUAAUAUAUCAUUUAUUUAUGCUUUGUAGAUCAGUAAUAAGCUAUUAAUACUAGAAAUUUAAUUUGAUCUAGGUCUUUAGUUCAAACACUUACAGAGCUUUCUUUAAAAAAAUCAAUUAACAUCUAUAACUAUAGACUUGGUGACUUAGUAGGAAGUGCAUCAUUUAAAAAGUGACAAUUUUCUAAUUUUUUUAGCUAUGGUAGUGGCAUGUCUCAUGAGAUGGCAGUGUCAGUUGCUCCACUGCUGAGAUCUAGUCUGAAUUACCUCAACAAGUAGGAGGUGGAGUGUAAAGAAAUUUGGUUCGGCUAUCCAUGGCCGGUUCAUUAUUCCAAUAGGCUGGCAAUCCCCUCACCUAACAAGACCAUCAAGUCAGGGAUGUCAAGGGGUCUUCAGAUUGUAUAAUACUGUGGUUUAUGACCAAACAUCAAAUGUUUGCAUGUUAACGCACUAAGCUAUGAUGGUCAAGUAUUAUUAGUAUACCUGCUAAACAUUAAAGCUACAGUAUGUAACUUAGGGUAGCGUUAGCAUGAAAGUCCAAAUCAAUCCACUCUGCUCCGCCCAGCACUCCCUCUCCCUGCUCCACUGUGCUCUACUACGAUAUGCUAUACUCUGCCACGCUGUGCCCAGCUCUUCAGAUGUUUAUCCUUAUGAAAAUACAGAAAAUGAGAAUGCAGUGAAAUGUAACUGAAAAUCUCUGAUUGGUUAGAGAGGUCAGUCCUCUUCAAAACCUUUUAGAAGCUAAUGUCUCUGUACUGCUGCCAGUUUGCUGGGUCACAGGAGGCUUCGACAGCACCUCUCCACGUUAAGGCAGGUUUUGGAGCAGAUUACUACAACAAAAAUAUUUGAAAAAAGUUGCAUACUGUAGCGUUAACAUUUACAUUCUCACUCUGAGCAUGUUAGCAUGUGACUAAUGUAUGGCUAAGUACAGCCUCACAUAGCAGCUAGCAUGGCUGCAGAUGCUUUGUCUUGUAAGUCAUUAGCAAAGGGUUAGUUGAUAAUAAAUUGAUAUAGGUCUUAUUUCUCUUAUUAAUGAAUUAAAGAGCUGGCUAACAAGAUGAUGCAAGUUAUUGUGGAGGGGAUUACACACAAGUUUUUACACAACCCAGCAAUACAAAACUUUUACGGUUUAAUCGCUUAUACCUGAUCUACUGUAAAUUAUGUAUUAACUUACAAAAUGCCAUUAUUUAAGAAUGAUAAACUCUUUGUAUAUAAGUAUAUCUUAUUAGAAAGUGGUAUCAAAGUUUUAAAUCUAUUAAGAAAGAUGUCUUUGAAGCCAAACUCAAAUUCCUGACUAGCCCUCCAUGAUGUCGUUCUAUGGUUAUUGACUUGUAACCAUCAGCUCAGGGCCUUAGGUAAACCUGAUGAUGGGAGGGGGUGACAGAGAGCGACCCAAAUGGAAGAAAGACAAAAAAGAGAGAGAGAGAGAGAGAGAGGAUGGACAGAAGCCGGUUAUUUUACUGCACACACAAGCCAUAACAGAAACCAGGAGCUCUCUCGGGGGUGAGAUCAGAGAGAGGCAGGAAGAGAGGGGCGAGUCCAAGGAAGCCCAGGACACAAAACCUUUAGCCUCUGUGUUUACGAUGCAUGUCAAACAAAAGGCAAUGUCCUAAAAACAUCCUUUUGGUGGUGAAGAUGAUUUGAGUUGUCGUUAAGACAAAUAUCUAUCUGUAUGAUAAACCUACAGGGAGUGGGAGCCUGGGGAUCAAUUUGUAAAAUGUGUGUAUUUUUUUCAGUUGUAUUUUUUAUUUUUUAUGAUAACUAUUUAUUUUCUUUAGGUAUGUAUUGGAUAAAUGUAUGUACAUGUUCCGUUCCUUCUUGACUUCAUUUGAACUAGUUUUAAAAGUAAAUAUGAAACACUGAAAAUGGUCAUUCAAAUACGCUAAUGUAUGUGUACAUUUUGAGAACAAAUUGUGCAAUGAUUUGAGAGAUUUCCAUGAUUAAAAGUGAUAGUAAUACUAAAAAUAUCAUCUGCAAAAUAAACAAUAAUGAUGAUGAUAAUGAAAAUGGUGAUGUAAAAGAAAAAAAUAAAGCGAUCCAGGUGGAUCGGUCUAUCAUCGCAAACAUUCUCU